AUGCCUCGUGAUUCUCUUGAUGUUCCUGUUUCUGUAUCUACACUGGUUGGAGAUUCUAUAGUAGUUGAUCAGCUGUAUAGGUCUUGUGUUGUUACCAUUAAUGGUUUUGAUACUGUAGUUGAUAUUCUGUUGUUGGAUAUGGUGGAUUUUGAGAUUGAUUUGAGAUCUGACUACCAUCAUGUGAAGAAUAGGGCAUGGGAUGUCCCUAAGGUAGCUUUUCAAACAUGUUGUGGUCACUACGAGUUCUUGGUGAUGUUACUUGGCUUGACUAAUGCUCCAACAACCUUCAAAGAUUUUAUGAAUCAAGUGUUCAAGCCGUAUAUGGAUUCUUUCGUCAUCGUCUUUAUUGAUGAUAUUUGGUUUUACUCUCACAGUCGAGAAGAGCAUGAGCAGAACCUACGAAUCAUACUUCAGAAGAAGGAUCAUCAGCUAUAUGCCAAGUUUUUGAAGUGUGAGUUCUAG